AAGUAAAGCAAGAUGGCCUUUGGUGGAGUAUACGUUACUGUGGCCAUUAUAGUAAUGCGUUCUUAAUCGUUACGUACCUGUACACAUAUAUGAUGUUUGAUAGAGUAAAAAUGAUUAAUAAUUGUUUGUAUUCGGUUACAUUAGUCUAAGCGCAUUUUGAAGCUCCUCGUGCUAGCUUAGCUUGCUAGUUAUCUUAGCUUGUUAGCUGCUAACAAAGAGACGCGGAAGUUAUCAACACAUCGCUAAGCAGAGAUCAAGUGUGAGUGUAAAGUGUUGUGAUUGUGUAAAAAUGUGCGAAAGAACGAUAGCAGAGUACGAGGAGGAGCUUUGUCAAACAAAAGAAGAGAACGAGCGACAACAUCAACUACUGGACGCUGUUUUCAAGAAGCAUCAAGUUGUGCUACACAGAACAGUACAUUCGACUCCCAGAGUGCGUGGGAGCCAGAGCACGGCCCCAUCACCCCCGAGAGCCCAACCCACAAACAGUAGGCGUGGUGCCCAGGAAACCAGGGACCACCGCCCCCACGCAGCCAAGCCGGCCAGCGACAGGAACCCCAGAGCCCGGCCCACCGUACCGCCCACAAGGGCCAGCAGCAGGCCGCAGACAGACACACCCGGCAGAGGACAGGGCACGAGAAAAGCAGGGGACAGCCAGACCCCAAGCCAGCGAGAGACCAUACCCCACACGGGCAGAAAGGCGAGACGCCCCGCCCGAGGGACCCAGAGACUCCCCGCAACCGGACGGGAAGACCGCCCCCGCCCCACCGGCAACCGGGCCCCCACGAGCCCACCCCCCACCCCCGGAGAGCGCGGCGAGGCCAGCCCCCGGCCACCCCACGCAAAUCGGCCGCCGCAGGACCACCCAGGCACAGGGCCACGGGAACCACCCACCCCACCCGCAGGGACCCCAACGAUGGAGAUGGAACAACCAGCAACCGCCCCGCCGAGCCCCCCCUCUGAGGGAGGGGAAAAAUUAAAAAAUAAUAUUAAUAAAAUAUAUAAAAAAAUUAAAAAAUUUAAAAAAAGAAUUAAAAGAAGAUCACAGACAUGCUGACAAACAAGGUCACUACCCCAGCAACUGGCCGACUCGUAGCACCUCGGAAUACCUUGCAGCACCAAGCUACCACAAUAGACGCAGGGACUAGUCCCAACAGGCCCCAACCAAGACGGGCACCCGGAAGGGAUGGACAGCGGGACCCAGGAGCUCCAGACACGCAGUUCGGAUGCAGUAGCCUGAGCCGUCGACCCCCGUCUGACAGGCAGGCCCAGAGCGUACCCCCAGAAAUAUACAUACAUACAUACACAUAUACAUACACAUACACACAUACAUGUAUACAUACCCACACAUACACAUAUAUACAUAUACAUACACAUAUGUACACAUACACACACACACAUAUACAUACAUAUACACAGUUCGUCAGCCCCGACAGCCAUCACGCGCGCGCGCUGCCACCAAUCACAACAUCAGCCACACCCUUGCACCAGACCCAGCAGCCACGGGCGCCCACACCACAAACAAACGGCAGCAGAAACAGCAGCCGCAAUAACCCCAGACAGCCAGCACCAGCCAAUCAAAUCAAAGCGAUCAAAAAAAACCGUGACCAGCAACCACACGCCACCAGGACCACGGAGACCAGCCGGCGCCAGCCCGCCAGUCAGCCCGAACGCCAACACGCAAACAAGAGACACCAACACCCCCCCCCCACCAAAAGGCCCCCCACCCCAACCCAAACCCGCACAAACACACCACCGCCCAAACAACCGAGACACAGCAUCCAGACCAGACACGGGGGCUGCGCCGCCACCACAUCAAGUCACCAACAGAGACCCCACAGCGCAAAGUCGGGCCACACGGGCACGGACCCCACCCAACAGGAAGUGAGACCCGCGCGACGCCACACACAAAUAAAUAAUAAGAUUUUAAAAAAAAAUUAAAAAAUAAAAUAAAAUAAAAAUAAGUAAAUAAUAAAAAUAAAAAUAAUAAAUACAUUAAAAAUAAAAAAUAAAUAUAACAAUAAUAAAUGAAUAAAAGCCUGGCAGGCCACCAGACCGCAGUCCCCGCCGGCCGACGAGGCAAUGAGGGGUGCGCCGAACCCCAUCCCCCCAUGCAUGUGUACAAGGCCCCCAGAGUGUCUACUGUGUAGUUAAAAUUAGGAGGUCAGCCGUUACAGCCGACCUCCAGUCCCUAUUGAUGUGUGUACUGUAGCGUGAGUGAGAUAUGUAUGCUUGUGGGAACUAAUAAUGCGAUUAAAAUUGGGGGACAUCAAGGUCAUGGUGGGUCCCAACCAAGCCAAGCCCCCCAAAUCCUAAGUGUCUAAUAUGCAGCUAAGAUUGAGGGAUGGACGAGCAGGGGACAAGACAGGAGGACUGGAGCCCCAUUGGAGGCAUCCUCAACCCCCCGCCAUGCCUCCCCGCAGGACAAUCCCCAAAGUCCUAUAUAUGUGUGACUGUGUGCGCUAUACGUAGGAGGAGUAGAGGGCCCGGACCACAAUUCAUUCUUACCACAACUGUCUGUAACUCUGCCUACACAUGUGCCACUUCUCAAACUACCAAGACAGACACAUUACAUAAACUACACAAAAACUCCUAAAAAUCAUUACACUAUUGGUUGGCUGAAGGUUAUUUCGAAUAUGUAUACCAUUUCAACAUGAUACAUCACAUAUUUUCAAUUAUUUUUUACAAUAUGUCCAAAAAGGAGAAGGAAGAAGCGGAUCUUAUUUAAUCCUACCCCCUUUCCACUUUAUAGCAACUACUGACACCGUUAGUGUUUGUGGUUCACUUCCUGUUGUCAGUUUGUUCCACAGUUCCCAUCACUCAAUCUAAACACAACAGUUCUCUUACAGUCAAAAAAUAGCUUAGUCAGUUAUGAUUUACAUAAUGAAAACCUGUUCAUGAGAACGAGACAGUUUCAGACACACAAUAUUUAUGAGAGGUUGAUGUUCCUCUCAGUUUGUGACAAUGUGUAUCAACAUGUUUAGACAAAACUCACACAGUCACCAAAUAUAUUUGACCAUGGCGUCAAUAUAUUUAAUAGUUUCAUAGCUAAUUUCACUUCCUGAUUCUGACCUACAUGCAUCAAUAAGUGAAAGUAAACAUUUAUUGUCAAUCAUCUUUUAAGUCAUGAUUGUGACUAUGUCAUGACAAGAUGAAGGUUAGGACUAAGGUUUAGGUGUAAUAGGUCAACAUGUGGACAGAAGAAAAUGGUUCAUCACUUUACACUGGAUGUUUAAAAAAUUCUGAUAUAACUUUUAGGAAUAUUUUUAUCAGUGCUGGCUUGUCCUUCUGAAAUAUUUUUAAAUGUAUCUUGCUCUUCUAAAUGAAAAGGCAUUCAUUUCAAUUUAACAGCAGCUGUGACAAUUAGGCCAAUGGCGCUAACAUGAUAGUCGGUGUUAGUUAGUACCUGUUGUAUUUACGGCAGAUGCUAGCAUGAGAUCGGAGCGGUUUGAACAUGCGACAUUCUACAUGCUGUGAGUUCAAAUGUCUCUGCUCGUGUUUCCUCCUUUUGUCGGAACAGCAACUUCGCAACUGUUGCAAGUCGCGCAGUUGCAAGUCGCGCAGUUGCAAUAAUUUUUGGUAAAAUAUAGCCAGACUUCGGAGUGUUUCUGCCGCCUGGUCGCCAUGUUUCUCGCUGUCUGAAGUGACUACGCACAUUGUGUACCGACUACGCACAUUGCAUAACAACGUCAUUCCCGCUUGCAGGGUUCGUUAAGGGAAUCGUUUAAAAAAUGGGAAAGCGAUUCCCAGGAAUUGAUACACUGGGAACCAAUGCUGAACAAGAACCGGUUUGUGAUUCUCAUCCCUACUUACUUAUCUAACAGAAGCCCAGCAGGAUUUGACCUGAAGAAAAUCCUGUCCUGGGAACAGAACUUGUGUUAAUGCCACACUUGAUGAUUAUUGGUUGUUGAUGUCUGCUUGGAAAUAUCACCACGGUGACAAGAGUCAUAGUAGAUGUAAUGUGUAGCAAUAUAAAAGGGACCCUGUUAUGCAAAACCAACUUUGUCUGUUCUACAGACAUCCAGCAGCUAAUUGGACAUCGAGAAGAACGUGUCCCUCAAAUGCAGGGGGGCAGCUUCCCUUUGGAGCAGAAGGUUCCACAGCCCCCACAUUUUAAAGAGGAAGAAGAGGAACCACGUCCCCUUCAUGUUGAAGAGGAAGAGCCAUAUUCCCUUCAAAUUAAAGAGGAAGAGAAAGAACUCUGGAUCACUCAGGAGGAAGAGUGUCUUCUAAGGCAAGAGGAGGCUGAUCUCACCAAGUUUCCACUGACUGUUGUCUCUGUAAAGACUGAAGACCAUGAAGACAAACCGCCUGAGUCCUCACAGCUUCAUCACAGUCCAAGUGAGGAGAAGAGAGAGGGGGAGCCUCCAAGCAGCAGCUCAACUCAACACAUGACAACAGAAGCUGAUGGAGACCACUGUGGAGGAUCACAAGCAGACAAGCUCUUAGCUCCACUAUCAGACAGUGACGACAUAACGUCAGACGUUUAUGUAAAUAUGGAAUCACACAUGAAAACACACACAGGAGAAAAACCUUUCAGUUGUUCAUUUUGUGGUAGACAAUUCUCUGUAAAAAGUAAUAUGAAAUCACACGUGAGAACACACACAGGAGAAAAACCCUUUGCUUGUUCAGUUUGUGCAAAAGGGUUUCUUUUAAAAUGUAAUUUGACUCGACAUAUGAGAACACACACGGGAGAAAAACCUUUCAGUUGUUCAAUUUGCUGUAAAACAUUCUCUCUCAAAGGCCAUGUGCAAACACACAUGAAAACGCACACAGGAGAUAAACCUUUCGGUUGUUCAGUUUGCUGUAAAACAUUCUCUCUCAAAGGUCAUAUGCAAAUACAUAUGAGGACACACACAGGAGAAACUCCCUUUCGUUGUUCAGUUUGUGCAAAAGGCUUUGUUAAAAACUUUAACUUGUCUAAGCACAUGAGAUCACACACAGGAGAUAUACAAUUCAGUUGUUUAGUGUGUGGUAAAAGUUUCUCUGACAAAUAUAGUUUUCAAAGACACAUGAGAACACACACAGGAGAAAAACCUUUCAGUUGUUCAGUGUGCGGCAAAAGAUUUUCUGACCAAAGUAAUAUUCAAUCACACAUGAGAACGCACACAGGACAAAAACCUUUCAGCUGCUCAGUGUGUGGUAAAAGAUUCUCGGACAGAAGUAAUAUUCAAAAACACAUAAGAAUGCACACAGGAGAAAAACCUUUCAACUGUUCAGUGUGUGGUAAAAGAUUCUCUGACAAAAGUAAUAUGCAUUCACACAAGAGAACACACAAAGGAAAAUAACUUUUCCUUUUUUGGAAGUCCUCUUUGAGUGGACUUAUAAGUUGUAUUCAGUCAAGUGACUUUAGAACGGAAGUAAACAAAGUGGUGGGCCAACAUGGCUACUGUGCAGCAAACAGAGUGCAAACUAUCUGAGAAAGCAAGUGGCCAACCUCUUACCACUAAAAGCAGAUACGAGCAAAAAAUCUAACGAUUCAAUGGAAUAGAUCCCUAUACUUUAUCAAAAAAAGAUGUGUCGAGUGAAAUCAAUGAUUAUACGUCGGUGGUGUUCCCAGACAUGUGAAAUUAUUGUGCUCCAGACAUCAUUCUACACAACAAAACAGAUGGAAACUUGGAAAAAGAUGAAGGUCUACUACUUCUUUGUGUGUGGCUGAGUCAAGGACGUUGGUAUCAAGACUCACCCUGAUAAAUAUGCAUCGUUUUUGCCGGCGUAAGGUUGCAUUUCAUGAUUUAACUUCACGUCUACUGCCAUGUUUGUUGUUGUUGCACGCACUGUUUACGAGUAGCAUGUUUUUUUUAAAAUCAAAUUAUAACUAUAGAUGUCAAGUGUAUGUGCUGAAAGAUUAAUUUAUGAUUGUUUAUGAAAAUAUAACUAUAGAUGUCAACAUUGUGUAUGCGCUGAAAGAUUCAUUUAUGAUUGUUAAUCAAAAUAUAACUAUAGAUGUCAACAUUGUGUAUGUGCUGAAAGAUUAAUUAAUGAUUGUUUAUCAAAAUAUAACUAGAUGUCAACAUUGUAUAUGUGCUAAAAGAUUCAUUUAUGAUUGUUUAUCAAAAUAUAAAUAUAUAGAUGUCAACAUUGUAUAUGUGCUGAAAGAUUCAUUUAUGAUUGUUUAUCAAAAUAUAACUAUAGAUGUCAACAUUGUGUAUGUGCUGAAAUAUUCAUUUAUGAUUGUUGUCUUUGGUAAAAACUUAACUCUUUUAGGUUUUACUCACAUUUGCUUUCUUUUAUUUAGACUCGCCAGUUGGUGCUUUUCGAAACUGUGUUUUAAGAACUCUGAAACAAGAUAAAAUGCAAAUAAUAUCAAGACAAUACUUCACGUUAAAAGUAUAUCAAACAAACCUUUAACGAAGUGAUCACAUCAAACUAGUGCAUUCUUCGACUCUGCUUCCUUUCGACUGGAGUGUGAGAUACUUUUCUUGUCGUCUUUUUUUAAAUCUUGCAGUCUUGCACCAUUUUUUAUUACCUCUCAAGGAACUCUGAAGAAAAUAUUCACGAUUUGAACGCUUCCAACAGCCUAAAAUAACGCAAGGAUGGGUCAUUUUUCUUCAAGAAAGACAAUAUGCCGCCCAAAACGCUAUGACAACACUCGCUCGCUGGCCCACUGCUUCAAGUCUCGUAUAUUUAAUGAGCUGGAUGAAGCUGUAUUGACUAAAGGUGUAGGUCCUAAAGGUUGCAAAAAUCCCCCUUAAAUAUAACUGUUGAAAUAAUGAGGAGUGUCAAAUUAUGGCAUUAAUUGUGAAUUAUUAAUCAGUUAAUUUUUUGUUUUUAAUUAUGUUAAUUAAAUGUUAAAUAUAUAACAUUAUUUUCUCUGGAUGCCUGCGACUCUGUCGGUUUCCUCGCCCGCUGUGAUUGAUGGGUCUCUUUUAUUCACUAAAUUAUUAUUUUGAAAAAGUAACAUAGGUCAAUGUUCAAAACUUGCGUUUGUAUUUCUCCGGAAAUUGUUUUUACUGUUUUUAAUGUGCUAACAUCAGCAUUUUAUAUUGACCUGAUGUUUUAUUGUGGUAAGUGGCUAAGACAGCAUUUGUUUAAAGUCUGUUAAAUAAAACAGGAAUCACUUCAUAAAGACACUUUUUUUGUUUAUCAAUCUUUUGAUCAGCCAUAAUUACGUAUUGAAUUUAAAUGAAGAUUCUUUAUUGUCAUUCAAGCAUAGCAUCAUUGAUGUGUUUGCAGAACAACAUUGUGUUGCAUUUUGGCCUCAACAAAAAUAGUUGGAUAAACAACAAAUUAAAACAAUAAACAUAAUAAUGAAACUAAAUUAAAGUAAGAUAAAAACAAACAAAAACCAGGACCUCAAGUUGAGAGAUGGUCCGUUGAACAGGACUGGAUCAUAAACCAUGCAUCUCACCUGGAAAGGCGAUGGCUGAGGAGGUAUUCCGACAAGUUGGCAAACUUUGCGGCCAAUUUAGACCUGGUAAUGGCAAGAACGACCCCCUUUUCUUGGCAAGGAUUGUGAGUCACUCAUCAAAAUGGGAAUAUAUGAACAUUCAAGCAGUUGGCGUCCUGAUAACAGCAGACAUUGUACAGUGAGUGAUUAUUAUGUUUGUUGGCUCUCAUGAAGUCUGCACUGAGUAAUAAUCGGUGAUGAAGAAAAAUAAAAGCACAUUUUGUGAUGCGUUUUUGAAAUGUAUGUGCCAUGUAUGCUUAAAAUGAUCAAAAUAUAUAUUAAAUGUUAUUAUAAAUGUUACUACAUUACAUAUAUACCUGCAUCAUUUAUAUACAACCUCAAUAGAGUUGUUUGGAAGUUUUUUCAAGGGUUUUUUUAUGCAGUAUAGAGUGACUCCUAUAGGCUCAAUUGUAAGCGAACAUUUGAUCGCAUUUAUUUAAUAUUUAGAAUGCAUAAAAAAUAUAUCCGUCGUGAUGUAUUUCAUUAUGACAGUGAAAGAUAGGAAAAAUUCCAAAAAAAUGCAGUUCCCCUUUAAAUAUUGUGUAAACAAAGAUCUUGUUUAGACCAGGUGUGUCUAACAUUUUUGACUUGGGGCCGCAUUGGGCUAAAAAAGAUGACUGUAUGUGAAGAAGCAGUAAGUGUGUAUAUAUACACACAUAUAUAUAUAUAUAUAUAUAUAUAUAUAUAUAUAUGUAAUAUUAAGAGUAUGUGAAAGUUGGACUCCUACCUUGUUUACUUCAAAGAUUAGCAUCAGAACGAAUUAAUCCUUGAUUAAAAAAAAAAACAAAAAAAAAAAAACGCACCAGCGCCACUUAAACCCUUUGUCCAGUCAGAUUCAGAAUCAGAAUCAGAAAUACUUUAAUAAUCCCCAAGGGGAAAUUAAGAUUUUCAGCACAAUCCCAUUCAAAAGCAGACAAACAUUACAGGGAGACAGAACAGGGUUGCCAACUUCCGGCACCCUUACAAAAAGGGGAGAAACAGGGGAGGGGGCGUGAGAAAAAAAAAAUUCUGUGUACGUUUGGGCCCCUGGAGAGGGGGUCCAGACUGAGGCCAAGGGAAAAAAACCUCAUAACCAUAACACACAUAAACGUGUGUAAGAGGGAAACAUUAAAUACAUUAAAAGAGCAAAGCUGAUGCAACCAGCCACUUCUACACACAGCCACAAAAGUAAAAUAACAACAACAAAAACAAACAUAUACACUGUGGUGGCCUCUACGGUGUUCCACGCCAUCGUCUGCUGCUGUGACAACUAGAAACACAUGUGCCUACACCAGGGGGCAGUGUAGCAUACCCAGAUGUAAAACCUCUUUUGCACAAUCAGCCUUUUAAUAUAAAGCGAUAAAGGAAUGGAACAACCUCACAACAAACCUGAAAAGUUUGCUGUUUGGUCACAAUACCAAGCAACAUGUUUGGAGGAGAAAAGGUGAGCCCUUAAAUCCCAGGAACACCAUUCCUACCGUCAAGCAUAGUGGUGGUAGUAUUAUGCCCAGGGCCUGUUUUGCUGCCAAUGGAACGGGUGCUUUAAAUGGGACAAUGAAAAAGGAGGAUUACCUCCAAAUUCUUCAGGACAAUCCAAAAUCAUCAGCCCGCAGGUUGGGUCUUGGGCGCAAUUGGGUGUUCCAACAGGACAAUGACCCCAAACACACGUCAAAAAUGGUAAAGGAAUGGCUAAAUCAGGCUACAAUGACAGUUUUAGAACGGCCUUCCCAAAGUUCUGACUUAAACGUGUGGACAAUGCUGAAGAAACAAGUCCAUGUCAGAAAACCAACAAAUGUAGCUGAAUUGCACCAAUUUUGGCAAGAGGAGUGGUCAAAAACUCAACCAGAAGCUUGCCAGAAGCUUGUGGAUGGCUACCAAAAGUGCCUUAUUGCAGUGAAACUUGCCAUGGGACAUGUAACCAAAUAUGAACUAU